AUGGCUCUUCAUCGUCGAAUCCCAAAAAAGAACCGAAAGAAGCUGAAGUCGGUGGACCCGUUCAACACGAAAGCGAACGCGCAGAGAUACCAGGACGCGAAAAAGUACCUGUCGAAACACAAAUUUGGCUCAAUUCCUAAUCCAAAAUUUUCAGAAUUAGAAACAUUGCUCCGACGAAUCUCAAGGACGAGCAGCCGUUGACAAAGUCGAUGAUGAACAUGAUGUCACAAAAUAAUCCGAUUGUAACCAAGGAGGAGGCGAAGAAAAAGAAGAAGCAGAAGAACGCCGUGCUCAGUGCGUGAACUGUUUCUGGCGGGUACAGAUAAUCACAUUCUGUUUCAGAACAAGCCGAAGAGCUCGGAUUGAAGAAAGGAAAAUUCGAGACGGUGAGCAGGUUCGUGCGGCGAAUCGAGGGAACUCUUCACUCGAGAAUCAACGAGCAAAUGGCAAUUGCGAAGCACGGAUUGGCCGGAAGAAAGCAGGAGGAGAUCGAUGCGGAUUACGCGAAGAUCGACGAGAAAGAGAAGAGAAAGAAGGAUCAGGAGAAGAGAGAGAUCGAGAAUAAGAUCAAGGAGGCGAGGAAGAAAAGAGAGCAAGAUGCGAAGAGAAAGGAAGAAUCCGAGAAAGCGAAGGAACAGAGGAAGGUGGCGAAGAGGAAAAUGACGGAAGAAGUAGAAGAAGAAGAAGAAGAAGAGAAGGGAUCCGAAAGUGAUGAGGUUGAAGAUGAGGAGAGGAAGCCGAAAAAGGGAAAGAAAGAAGAGAAGAAGGUCAGAUUGAGCAAGAAAGAGAGAAGGAAGGAGACUCUGAAAGCACGCAAAACCGACGAGCAGAAGAGAAAAGCCGGAGAGGCACUUAUCAAUUCGCAAGGUAAGUGUAGCGCUCCGUAGAUUCAUCGAAUUGGUUCUGUUUUUAGAAGUGAUUGCGUUCGGCGAAAGAUACGACGCCCCGCCCGUAUUUGCCGGACACCUGAAGAAGAAGUUCGAGCCACUGAUGGCAAAGGCCGGUCAGAAGACGCUUCUGCUCCACUCGAUGCUCCAGAAGGGAAGCCAGAAGACAGAAUAUCUGGACAACUCGACGAAGAUCCAGGCGGAGAGACAGCGAGUCAUCGAUGCGUACAGAAACAUGAAGAAGCAGAGGAACGCAGCGGCCGUCGCUUCUGCUGGAGGAGGAUUCGUCGCGCUUUCCGAAUAA